AUGGAUGCUAAACUGCAGCAGCCGCCUACCUUAUUCGAAGUCCUAGGCGUCCCGCCUUCGGCUAAUGAUGCGCGUAUAAGGAGGGCGUAUCUCGACCUGUCCCUGAGGUUUCAUCCUAACUCUACUACUGGAGCUGCGUCUCCCAAAGCUGGUCAAGCUUGUGGAGAAUUCUUCAAGACUAUCAAAAACGCCUACGACAUCCUGUCCGAUCCUGCUCUACACUCCUGCUAUCUCGAAAACAUGCGCUUCGGUUCGAGCGCCGCUCUUGUGGCUGUAGAGCGACUGCGACAAGGUCGUGCUGUUAACAGAAGAGCGGAUACGCUUCAACUCUAUGCUGACGCACUCAAUUUAUUUCCCAAUCUCAGCAAGAACUCCGACCCGCCUACUGGGGAGUCACUACCUGGCAACCUGGAAGUGGAUUCUCGUCCUUCUAACUCCAUGCGAGGAUCUUAUGCCCAUCCGUAUGCUCGAGCUCGACCUUCUCCCGGAAGCUCAUCAUUUAACUUAUUGCCGCAAUACCCGUUAGGGACGCAACAAGCUGCUUCAAACCAAGCACCUCAUAAGCCUAUUCAAGGAGAGCUCCUGCUGGGUGUCACAUUGUCUACUACCGGGUUCUAUGUUUAUGUAUAUCUGGGGCCUGGUCAAUUCGUACGAGGUCCUGAUCGCCCUACCCUGUUGUUGGCUGUGAAUGAUGGUGCAAGGCUUGUUAAAGGUAUGGAGAGCCAUAAGAUCUACGAGGUGCUCGCUGCUCUCUUGGAAGAGGCCCGACAACCAUGGAGUGUCCAAACUCAAGGUUCUCCCUCGAUGCUUCCGUUGGGCCGGGUCAUGCCCAGUAAUUUCCGAGAAGGCGAAGCGUUGUCCAGGCACCUUCAGAAUGGCAUUCCUCAAAGAGAGUCUCCUUUGAACGUAGCCACAUCGGAGCCGAACCGGGAAGCAUGGAAUCAGGCUGCGAUGAAUGCUGGUCGACCUAUGGUGUAUCCAUCUCCAGGAGGGAUGAGUAUUACUCACAAUAUGGCUUAUGGACAGCGAAUGGCGAGCAACACUGGUGUCUCGUCGUCAUCAUCAUCACCAUACGGUGUUAAUGGUGAUUCCGUAUCAAUUGCAAGAGUACCUGCAUCAUGGGAGUCAUUAAGCGUGAAGGAGCUCAUCGAAAUUCAUGGGAAGGAGGUAUGGGAAUUCUUCCCGCUGGAAGCUCGACGGAAAUUCUUCAAUUUUGCUAUGAGGUUCUACAUCCCUAGAGAGCAACCACAUGCAGCACAGUUACGCUCUCCUCCUGAAUUCCGAGGAUUGUCCCAUCACGUCUUUGACGCUUACGUAGUUAUGUUCUUCCGUUAUCUCAAGACUAUCAAUGACAUUGAAACAAGUAUCGCUAGAAGUGAGGGCAACCAUGGGAGAUUCCCUUCACAUUUUCCUGAUGGUGCCGCUAUUGACGAUUAUCUGGUGGGUGAAGGCAUGAACUUCAUGCGCCGAUAUGGUCAACUGUAUCUAAUAAGACUCACUAUCGAAAGGCUAAGUACAAGUGAUCCGGUAUAUUUAGCAGGAGUAUCUCAAAGAAUAGUAGCUCAAACUCGUCGUCCUCCGCCUAUGUGGAAGGAGGAUCCCACAUGGGCUUGGUCGGAAGCUGAUGACUUGAAGUUGCUCUAUUCGCUUGAAGAAAAUGGCCUUGGUGAGCUCGUCGAGAGCGCGGCUCUGGUGGCAGGAGAUGCCCUACGCUGGCCCUCGUCUAGUAUCGCAAAUCCGAAAUUUCAAUCAUUUAUUUACGCUCGACUGCAGUGGUUGAUGAACGGCUUAGUUAGUAUCAGUAGAAUAUCUGGAGGAGUGGUAAAUCAUACGUAAAAU